GAAAUAAUAACACGACGGUACCAAUUCUGACUCCAUUAUAUUUUAUGAAUCUUGUUGUCUGGACUUUGGCAUCAACAAGGAGCAUAACAGCUUCAGCUGCUAAGAAAAUACAUUAACUUUUUGAACCAACGCGCUUUUAUCAGAAUACACUGUUUACGUGAAUUCCUGUCUGCAGAGGUGUUCGUUUUGAGAGGUUUACUUGGACCCCCUGGCACGAUCAAGCUCACUCUGUGUGAUGACUAGAAACUGCACAAACAGCACAAAUUCAGCCUCUGGCAGCGGUGAUAUUUCUACACAAAACGAAACAAGAAUGUUUGUGAGAGCUCCACGAAACAGAGCCCUUGUUCCACGGGACAUCUUUUUAAGAGGACUGGUCAAAGUACAUUGUAUAUUGCUAUUGGUAUUUGUUCCAAAAAUAAAUGCUUGUGACGAAGCAGAAUAUAAUAUGAAUGGACAGUGCUGCCCAAUGUGCCAAGCAGGAAUGCGAGUUUAUCGGCAUUGUACCGCGGACUCCAGCACAUCAUGCAUCCCCUGUAUGGAUUCCACCUAUACUGAGAAACCAAACAGCCUAGACCGAUGUCAGGACUGCAAACUAUGUGACUCAGAAAUGGGGUUGACAGUAGUCCGGGAUUGCACAGUUUUCUCAGAUACUAUCUGCACAUGUAUUGAUGGCUUUCACUGUUUGGAUUCAUCGUCCUCUGGAUGCAAAACCUGCCAAAAACACAGAAGCUGUUCUCCAGGACAAUAUAUCAAAAAGAAAGGGUCCAGUAUUGCAGACACAGAAUGUGAGGACUGUCCUGAUAAGACAUAUUCAGAUGGUUCAUUAGAAACGUGUGCACCACAUACUGAUUGUCAAUCUGAGGGACUAGCAAAGCCAGGAACCCCUGCCUCGGAUGCUGAGUGCAAACACCCGUCUGCUGACACUGAUGUCAGAGCCUGGACCGUUGUUGGAGUUAUUGCACUAAUAGGUGCAUUGGCACUAAUAGGAGCAUUGGUUUACAAACACAUGAACAAGAAUAAAGGUGAUAACAUGGAAACAGAAAAAGGAAAGGGAACAUACACAGCUGUGCGUAUGACCAAUGGUACAGACUGUGUAGCUGUAAGUAAUGAAAACACAUCUGGACAUGGAACUUCAUCAGAGGAAUCAUCUUCUGAUAACGCUGUGGGCAGCACCAUUGCAAGGCAAACUAAUGAGCAGCUCACGAACCCGGAACUCACAAAUACCAUCUACUGCUCAGACACACAGCAACAACAGCAAUGUGGAUACAACGACGUAAGAAGAGAUUCGGGAACGUGCAGACAGACAAGUUCAGGAGCAGUGAAAUGACCAAGAAUGUAUCUUCACUUGGAUCGCUUUCCCUGUUUUUGUUCUAAAGACAUGUUUUUAAUAGCAACUCAUCUGUGGAUGACCCCCUGCAGCAUUAACACAGUGACCAGCCUGGACUCUACAGGAUGUGGCAUCAUGGACCAGUCAUAUCUUCACAUACAGUCAGGAUGAGAUGAAGCUGUUGAGUUGUGUGUGGAAGUUGUAUCUAGAUAUCAUGGCAGAUGCAGUUGACUGGGAGUCAGACAGCAGCAUCACUAGUGACUGAUACACAUGAGCCAGGGAUUGGCUUGAAGAUAAACAAGAACAAAUUGGAAUAUGCAUUAACAAUGCUGGGGGAAGAAAUGCUGUGGAUAAUUUGUUGAUGUUCUUAAAUAUGAUUUUUUUUUCAAGAACGAAUUACUGUAAAUCUUUAUUUUUGAUUUUUGUGUGAAUUGUACAUUGCCAUUGAAAAGAUACACCAGGGGGCGGAGUUGAGACGACACUGAGCUAAAAAAUAAUAAUAAAUAGUUUCAGCCAGCCCUGAAAAGACAGCGAUUUUUGUAUUUAUUUUUGUUUUGGUAUUUUUUUUCUGUUUUGCUAUCUUCCAGUUAAUUUAAUUGUUCUUCAUCCAAAUCGGCAUGUCUGCUUACUACUUUUGAGAUUUUUGAAGAUAAACAAGAACAAAAUGGAAUAUGCAUUAACAAUGCUGGGGGAAGAAAUGCUGCGGAUAUUUGUAGAUUUUUUAAUAUAUAUUUUUUUGAAUUUGUGGAUACAACUUGAAGAUACAUAUCGUACAUAUAUUGUAAAUACAUAAUAACAAUUGCAUGAAUUCUUGUGAAAUAACAGUACAUCUGAUUUAUACAACCAUAAACAGAGAAAAAUAUAUGUGAUAACAGGAUAUAAGAGAAGACAUUUUCAGUUCUUAUCUGUGUGGCAGGUCAAAGGCCCAGCUUUUGUAAAUAAGUGUAAGGGUAGCGUCAUGGCCCAAGCUGUUACCGACAGGAAGGAGACGCCGAGUCAAGAAGCUGCAGUUUGAAGUGCAAAGCACACAUUUAUUAAACAUAAAAACAGAAAAAUUAAAAAAAAAAGAUUUAACCUUACACUCAUUUACAUAAGCAGGGCUUUUGUCUUGCCACAUUCUGUAAGGGCAUGUAUUAAUGGAUUCCAUAUGUUUCAAAAGCUGUUCUGUCUACAUCGAUCAUCCUGAACUAUUCAGCACUCAAGAGAAAUACUAAAAGAAAUUUAAUGACAUGUUUUGACUGGAAGUCUUUUCAAUGUCUCCAAAGACCAAACGUUUGUCAUUGAAUUUUAAAAUGAGUACCUUAUGAUUCCAAUAAUUAAGAACUUUUUUUUUUUUUUUUUUUUUAAGUUUAAAUUGUGUGUCACCAAUUAUGAGUUAAAGGUGUUAUUUUGUUGAAUUUUAUGGAAGUGAUUUAGCAGACUGCUAGAACUGCUUUGUGAAACAAGUCCCAGGGGCUCAUUUAUGUAUUGCUAGAAAAUACUAUAGCUUGCUAGCUAGCUGCCUAAGUGCUAGCAGUGCUCUGUGAAUCUGACCCCUGAUUUCGCUAAUAUGGACUCUGGUUUAGAGGGCGUCGGAAGAUGUGUGUGCAGUAUCUUUGACAUGAUUUCAUGUAUUUUCAGACAUCGGUACAAUUUGCUUGCCUGUCUGUCAUUGAAACACGACACCAACUAUGAUUCGACUGGAAUAUAGAAACAGGUGAUACUUGAUCAAAAUAACAGUGAUAGCUGAUUGAAAUAGCAGUGAUAAUGAAAUAUCAGUGAUGCUGAUUGAAAUAGCAGUGAUGCUGAUUGAAAUAUUAGUGAUGCUGAUUGAAAUAGCAGUGAUAAUGAAAUAUCAGUGAUGCUGAUUGAAAUAGCAGUGAUAAUGAAAUAGCAGUGAUAAUGAAAUAUCAGUGAUGCUGAUUGAAAUAGCAGUGAUGCUGAUUGAAAUAUCAGUGAUGCUGAUUGAAAUAGCAGUGAUAAUGAAAUAUCAGUGAUGCUGAUUGAAAUAGCAGUGAUAAUGAAAUAGCAGUGAAGCUGAUUGAAAUAGCAGUGAUAAUUGAUUGAAAUAGCAGUGAUAACUGAUUGAAAUAGCAGUGAUGCUGAUUGAAACAGCAGUGAUAAUGAUUGAAAUAACAGUGAUGCUGAUUGAAAUAGCAGUGAUAAUUGAUUGAAAUAGCAGUGAUAAUGAAAUAGUGAUAACUGAUUGAAAUAGCAGUGAUAAUGAUUGAAAUAAAAGGUGAUCUGAUCGAUAGAGCAGGUGACAGCUAGUAGAAAGACCUAUCCUAUUUGAACUUACAAUCUCUCAAUAUAGAAACGAGCCCCUGGUGCUUCUUUCACAGAGCAGUUCUAGCAGUCUGCUAAAUCACAUUCACUUCCAUACAAUUAAACAAAAUAACACAUGUAUCCUUUAAUCAUACAGACUUGCUAAGUGUUUUGUUUUUUUUUAAACAGCUAAAAAUAAGAUUGCUAGCAGUGCUUUGUGAAACUGACCCCCUGAUUUCGCUAAUAUGGAAUCUGGUUUAAUAACCAAAUAAACUCACUUCUUAAGUCUGUCGGCAAUUGGCUUUUGAAAAUGAGGUCCGGAGAGAAUAUAAGCUGGUGAAUUUGUAAAAUUAUCCUACAGCUUUCCUUCUUUUGUUUUUCAGGUACAAGCAUUUAUUUUCUUUUAAGUAAUGUUAAGCACUGAUUCACAUACUGGUCAGUCCUCUCAACUCAUCCCCCCUUACAGACAGGCAGCCUUUUAAAGAGCUAGCCACGCCCACAUUUUAACAGCCUUAAUUAAACAAACAAUUUAGUGCCGUUUCUUUUUAUAACAUAUCUUUAAAUAGUUACAUCUAUAAAACAUCACAUAUAAAGCCUUAUUUAAGUUAUUUGUUUCUUUUUUAUACUGUGCACUCGCGCACACAGUAUUUUUAACAAGGCGUAAUAGUACCUACAAACAUGCAAGUUUUUCAUUUAUUUUCUCGACGUUAAAUAUUUAGGGUUUUAAUUAUUACUGUUAUUAUGCAAUAUACCGUUCCGUAGCUAAACUGCACACGGAAUU